AGCUGAUCCGCCUGGAUGACGUCACGUCCCGACGCGGUAUUUUUUUUCCCGGCGGGCUCCUAUGCACGCGUAGAGGACACUCUCGGGAACGGCGCCGGUGGCAUGGAGCGGGCUCUUCUCUUCUCGCUGCUCUUAACAGCCGCCACCGCUUUGGACGCACAACAUUUCCUUUGCACCCUCGGGAGUUUCCGGUGCGAGGACGACGGGCAGGUUCCACUGUGCCAGCGGUGCGACAAGAAGCGGGACUGCGGCGAUGGCAGCGACGAGAGAGGCUGUCGAGCUGGCAAUGUCUCGUGCGGACCCCGCGGGAGGCGGUGCGGCAGUGACGGCCCUUGCCUGCCCUUAGAGAGGAUCUGUGACGGCCACAGCGAUUGCCCGGACAAUUCCGAUGAGUCCUUAGAUUCCUGCGGUCAUUGGGUAGACACGACUUCGCCAGCCUGCCCGAAGGACGAGUUUCGAUGUGAACCGGGGGCAGAGUGCUUCCCCCUGGCGUUUGUGUGCGAUGGCCAUUUUGAUUGUCCGGACGAGAGGGAUGAACGAGGCUGCCUUCUGGACUUCCCCGUGGUUUCGAUAACACCACCGGCCACUCAGACAGAUGGCGUGCCUGUACCCGGAAAUGCGAUGCCUGCAGAUUUAGUGGUUCUUUCCAUCGUUGCAUUCCUGGUUGUCGUGGUGGCUGCUGUUUUUGCUUCCGUCUGGAGCCGUGCAAAAGCGAGACGUCUGGCAAGCUUCAAGUGGGAUCACGGGGCGGAGCAGCUGAUGGCAAAACAGCAGCCUUGAGAGACUCCUUCCUUCGAGAGCUGGCCUGCCUUCGGAAGCGUGGUGUCUGAUUCAGCACAUCCUCUGAGAAGAACGGCCAAUCUUUUAGUCUCUUGCUGCUCCCGCCUCCUUUCAACAGGUGCCUUCAGUCGAGACCUUCAGGUGCACAUCCGUGUUAGAAGGUCAAUCGCUUUCUCAAGGGAGACCUCCCUGUCGCUGGGUCCUCGUCAUCUCAAAACGUAUUUAUUUCUGCUCUCUGGCUCCUUGAUCUUCCAUCGCAAAAAGCUGCUGAGUUUAGCUACUGCAGCUAUGAACAGAGGCUCAAAAGGGUACUGGAAAAUGCGGGGCACAUUAAUAAAAAUAGCAUUAUUAUCCAGUA